AUGGUUCGCUCCAAGGCUCCGGCGAAGAAGCAGCAGAAGAAAGCUAUUGAUUUUAAGAAAAUUAAGAGAAAGCUCGGCAGAAAAUUACCUCCGGCAAAGAAUGCCACUAACACAGAGAUUAAAUCCAAAGCAAUUAUACUUCCUGAGCAAAGUGUGGGAGCAGAAAAGAGUGGCAUAGCUACAAGUAAGAAAGGCUUGACCUUGAAGGAGCUUCUGCAACAAACUUCACACCACAAUCCCAAAGUUCGCAAAGAUGCAUUACUUGGCAUCAAAGACCUUUUCAAGCAUUAUCCCGGAGAGAUGCAGUCACAUAAAUAUGCCAUCAUACAGAAACUUAGGGAACGCGUCACGGAUGGCGAUAAGCUAGUGAGAGAUGCUUUUUAUAAACUAUUUGAGGCUGAUAUCUUUCCUGCUUGUAUUGAGGAUAACCUGGGCCCUAUGGUGUCACUUUUAAUGCCAUACAUAUUUAGCGCCAUGGCCGAUUCUUCUAUUGAUGUUCGUUUGAUGGCUUUCAAAUUUUUCCACCUUGUUGUGAAGAACUACCCUCCUACCUUUUCAUUGUAUGCUGAAAAGAUUCUCGAGAACUACACGGAUAUCAUUCAGAAAAACCAUUUCUAUGUGCAAGACAAAAGCAAGCUCAAGGUAGCUCUUUCGGGCUUGGAACAUUGCCUGUCUUUGUUGCCAUGUGAUGAGAGCGACACCGAAUCACAGAAAAAGGGACAUCUACAGAAUGAGACGCUACUUGCCUAUGAGCAAGAUGUUGCGGAGGAAUCUGUUCGAUUUGCCCAUGUCUCCGAGAGAUUGAAGGAGAUUGUUGGAGUCUUGAUCAAUUGUUUCCAAGAUUUCAUUCCACUGAUUCGUGCUCGCGGAGGAUUCGAUGAAGCAUCAUUUGAUUGUAUAAACCAUAUACUUUGCGGCAUACGUUACGCAAUCAAGUAUUCCAACCGUAUGCACAUUCAAAGACAGGCUAUACUGGAUCAGGAAACUGCAUCAAUGUUAUUUAAAAAGUUGCUUGCUUCUUUCCCCCUUAAUCCAGAUAACAAUCUUCCUGGAAAGGUUGCUGAAUGGUACUUCAUCCUCAAUACUGUAUUGACCGAAACCUUUUUGGAAGUAAGUAAAUGGAGCCACCUUCCUACUGAUCUUUGCAAGAGAUUUCUAGAAUUUGUCGAGAGGACACUACUAGGCAAGAUCACCAGGGGCAAUAGUAAAUCUACACACGAAAAGAGUUUACUUGCACUGUUGCCCUCUCUUCCAAAACUUAUUUUGAGGGUGGACCAUGAUUGGAGAGAUAAUAUUCUGCAGGCAUUUACUAUUGUCUUCAACGAUUGCAAGCCAGAUUCUCAACUUAAACUGGCCUGCAUUUCAACCAUUAGAGACUUGAUUAUCCCUAACGGUGAUAUUCUUUAUUCCAGUGAAAGUGACCCAACAGUAGUUGACUACCAGAGUGCUUGGGUCAACAAACUUCCAUCACUGCUAAAUAAAUUAGGUGAUAAACAUCCCUUAUCUACGCAGGCUAUUUUGCAACUUUUGCUUGAUCUUGGGCGAUUUGGGUGUUUGAAUGCUUCCCCUACAUUUGAAGAAGAGCCUACAUUUGAAGAAUCCAUCGGAAGCUUCUUCAACCCUCUUCAGGGAAAAGGUGAUGUCUCUGGUGGACCUUUUGCAAGUCUCCCUGAGAAAGCCCAAGAGUUGGCUCUCUGUUUCCUUUUCUACUUCACAACAGACAAUUUUAGUGCUCCUUUGCUGGAAUCAAUAGUUUCAUGCUGUCUAAAUCCACAACUUAAACCAGCUGUGUUGUAUCGGAUAGUGGAAAUUCUUCAUUCUGCCUACAGAGCUGGAUAUAUCCAGAUUACCGAUCAUUUCAGCUUCCUCGUCACCUUAGUUGCACGUUUUAAAGUUGUUCCAGACGAAGGCCAGUUAGCAAUGGAGUCUAAUGAGGAGGAGACAUUCAAAGCACUUACAAACCGUGUGUGCUCAUGUUUGUCAGAAAUGGGUGAUGGCCCUCUUGUCCUCCAGAUUCUUGAGAAAAUUCUACUCGAACAAAUAACUCUGAAGCCUGCGUUGGACAAUGGGUGUGCCAUACUUAGGAUGAUAUGCGCGUUGGACUCUAAACCUACUAGACUUUCUGAAAGCAGCAUAACCACUCUGAUUGAGUUCUUACCGGAAUAUCUGAUCGACAUAGUCAAGUCUAUACCAGAAGAUAAGGAGAAGUCUUCGUACCUUUACAUGCAAACAUGUCUCUACUACUUGGUACCUUGCUAUUCUCUGUUCGACCGGAGCUCCAGACUCACAGAAGAGGUUCUGAAAAGAAUGCAGUCCAUAGUCAGUGAAAACACUAAAGCGCUGGAAUCAGUGCAAGACAAGGAGAGCGGUCGAAACUCAUUGAACUUGAUACAGCACGUUGUCUCUGUGGUCCUGCUGAUGCACAACGAUGUCAAAUUACGGAAGAUCAUAUCGUCAUCCAAGUCAGAGAUCGAUUUGAUUCUGCAGAACGUUGUCUCGUUACAGUCCUCGGGAAGCCAGAGCUUGACAGUAGAAGCAAAACACACGAUGAGAAUUGCGGGAGAGCGACUUAAGAUUGCAUCCAAUAGUUUACUCGUAUAA